CCCAAAAAAUACCCGACCGGGUAUUUUUGGCUCAAGGCCGGGGAUUCCAUUGCACUUGACACGCCGCGUUUUGAACCCCCGGUCGUGGAAUCAAAAAUACCCGACCGGGUAUUUUGGCUAUUUAUAGCAAACCCCCGGCCAUUUUCUCUCUCUACCCCUCAUUUUUUCAAUUUUUCCCCCUCUCUCUUCCUCUCCAAUCCUCUCCCCUCUCUCUUCUGCGAGCCGCCGACCGCCGCACCUUAGCCGCCGCCCGCCGCCCCAUCCGCUGCCGGCCGUUUUCCGACGACUUUCCGGCCAGUUUCCGGCGAGUCUCCCGGGUCGUUUUUUCGCCUCUGUCUCGCGUCCAUCACCCGUUUUUUGUGCCUUCGCUAUAGUUCUCCUUGCGUUUCCAGGUGUGUUUCUUGUUCACUGUUCUUCCCUGGAAAAUCGAACUGUAGAUUGUAGGACCGAGAACUAUAAUUGCUUGCAUGAGUUAGAAUAGGGUGAGGGAUGCUUGGAGUACAUGGUUCUAUUUAUGGUGUAUGUGUUGCCCGUGUACUUAUUGUGGUUGGUUCUGUGUUUCCUGCCUUGAUUCCGGCUGAGUUGUGGGCAACUCAACCGCCCGUGCUUAGAACUGUUAGCCUAGGUGGUCCUUAAGUGUGGGGGAAGCCAUGAACCCAUGAUGUUGGUCCUGACGAGUUUUCUUGGCUCCAUCUUUGGUUUGUUGUUUUUGCAGGAACAUGUCCCUCGACCAUCCAUUUGUGCAGGGCCUGAGCCUGCACCCGGAGUACGCGGACCAGUUCCGCGCGGUGAUUCGGGGGAAAUUGGCGCGCCACCACCAUUUGGAGUGGGCAGUGUUCGAGCAGCUCCACUGCCUACAGGAGCUCCGCGCUGCCAUCAGCCACCCCGAUUGGCGCACCCUGCUGUCUAUCGCGGAGUCCACAUACACGGAGCUGGUGUGGAAGUUCUACACCAUUUUCAAGUAUGACAGCAAGGCGCCCCGAGACUCAUAUGCAGUGACAUUCAGGAUGGGCGGCUACGCCCGGGAGCUGACCAUUGACGGGUUGGCUUAUGCCUUGGGGAUCGAGUACCACCCGUUCGAUCGCCACGAGGUCGAGAUCCCGCACCCGACCGAUUGGUACCAGGACGAGUUCUACCACCGGAUAGCCAGGCUUCCCCAUGGGUAUGACUACUUCGAUCCUGGCCAGACAUACGUCCGCACCCUCCAGCCGCAGUGGCACAUUCUGAACCUGCUCAUCACUCGCUCCAUCGUCCCCAACGUCACCGACUCGCAUAAGAUUCCGAAGCGGGUGUUGUAUGCCAUGUACUCGAUGGGGCAGCCUGAGCACAUGCUCCACUUUGGUUCUUUCGUGGCCACCACCUUCUCCCGGUGCCACGGGAAACCCAACCACCUCUAUUGUGGUCCCCUGAUCACCAGGUUGGCGCGCCAUUUCGACAUCAGGUUUCAGGGACUCCAUGAUUCUUCUGCACGGGGCGGCUCUACCCCCCUCGGCCGGGAAGUACUCCACAACGCAAUCCUCCUGAAGACUGAGGGCACCCAUACCUGGGUAGAUGGGCUUUCCAUGCCACCUGAGGAGGCUGUGGAUCUCGACGAUGAUGAAGAGGACGCUGACUACUCCGGCGAGGAGGAGGAUGAGGAUGAUGAUGAUGAUGACGGGGCCAUGGAUGCCGAUGAGCCAGAGCCCUCGCUCUCACCACCAGGGGAGCUUCAGUCGCGACGGAGACCAGUGAGAGGUGAGUCCUCCUCCGGUCCUUCUGGUCCGUCGAUGGCUUCUGGCCCGUCGAUGGACUUCUUCACGGAGCAGUUCUAGCAGAUGGGACUCCAGUUCCAGCAGCUCGGUCUUCAGAACCAGCAGCUCAUGGACAAUCAAGUCCAGUUUUACCAGCAGUAUUCGGCCCACUAGGCCGAGUACCAGUCCAGGCUGCAGGUUGUUGACGAUCGCCUCGGCCCCUUAGAGACCCAUAUGGGAGUCACGGGUGCUCUCAUCGAGCGGGAGAGAGAUCGAGGCCGCCGACUGAUGGAGUACUCUGAGCACCUGCUCCUGGCUUGCCACCCCCCCAGAGGAGCACCACUGGACCACCCGGUGGGAUCAUUCACCACCACCACCACCGCCGGAUGAUGGAGACGACGACCUCAUGAACCAGGUCGACUUCACCGGUCUAGGAGGCGGUUCCUAGUGCCAUGUUUUGAGUGUGUUUGUUUUUAUCAGUGUGCAAACUGUCUUGUGUUGAUUUGGUUUCUUUCUUUUUAUGUUGCAUUCUGUACUAUUGGGCUGACCAUUAGACCUGACGUAUUGUGUUGAGCUCUUUGGUUUCCUUUUAGCUUUGCUUGUCUUGACUGGUCCUCUAUCCAGUCCGCUUCACUCCGACUGGUCCGUUUCCAGUCUCCUGCAGUCCGUGCAUACCGGCAACAUCGUUCCCCCUUUCCUUCCCUCUUCUCCAUUGAGGGCAAUGUCGAUCUUAAGUUUGGGGGGGAUGUUUAUCUUGUGACUGCAUUAGAUCUGUUUGUGUGCUUGGAGCCUAGUCCACUGUCCAAAUUUUUAAAUUUGAGGGCUCCAAGUACGUGUUCCUUGCAAUUGCCUGCUCAGUAUGCUUUGAAUUGACAGUCUUUAUAGUAAUAUGCAACCUAGGGAGGUAGUGUAGCACUAUGGAGGAUGUUGAUGCAUUUAAGAAGUCUCAUUGCUUCUUCAUAUUGUGUUGGUUGAUUGAGUGAAUUAGUGAUCUUAGGACCCUUGAAUUGUGUGGUGUUGUGGAUUCUCUACCUGUCAUGGACUCUUGUAUCAUGUUUUGAAAAUAACAGGUGCUCGGAAAU